UUAUGGCGGGUCAUGAAAAACAUUUGAACGAAAAGGGUUCUGAUGAUCGCGAAGUUUUGGUGUGGCAGUCGUCUUUGGCAAGCGCUAAGCAAUGCAUUUUGAAAAAGAACUAUGGGAGAGCAUUCGCUCACUUUCUCCUCGUGUUAAAGCUUUGUCCUGGCAUGAAGAGUGCGCUCAAGGACGACUUUGUCCUGUCAAUGAGGGAAUGGACGGAGGGUCUCGAGCGACAAGGAAGGAUCCAUGAUAUGUUCAAGUGUUAUGACCAGGCGUGCGAGCUAUUUCCGGAGUGCGAAGCAGCAUUAAAUAACAUCGGGGCACAAUUAUUUAGAUUAGGUUACACAGAUGAAGCAGCCCUCUAUGUUCGCCGGGCCCUGAAAUUGUGUCCUGAUUUUCUUGCUGCCAGAGAGAAUCUGGAGAAUAUCUGCAGUCACCUUGUUGAGCGUUGGCACUUUCGCAUGUUGAAUGACAUGACCCGAAACAGGGCAUUUCGUGAUGGUAUUGACCUGGCAGUGACGCAGGGCUUCAACACGGUGCUUGACAUUGGAGCAGGAACUGGCUUACUUAGUUUGUUUGCCGAGGAAGCGGGCGCUGUGAGCGUCCAUGCGUGUGAGGUGUCCAAGUCAAUGUGUGAUGUGGCAGCCGAGAUUAUCACAGCAAACUGUAGUGCCGCUGACAAAAUUAAUCUCAUACCCAAACUCUCACUGGACCUUUCUAUUCCACAGGACAUUCCUUCAAGGGUAUCCCUGGUUGUAACAGAAACAUUUGAUGCCGGCCUGUUUGGGGAGCACAUCGUGUCAACACUCCACCAUGCCUGGGAACACCUUCUCCUGCCCCCAGCGGGACAUUCACAACAGGGAGGCGGCCGUGUGAUCCCAGCUGCAGCAACGGUCUACCUAUGUCCUGUAGAGUCAGAAACCAUCAGAAAAGGAAAUAGACUGCUGUAUCCUGUGCUGCUGAACCUUGACCUCCGGGGCAUUGACCUCGUGUGUCAGACGUCAGUCAGUGGGGAGGAGCCCUACACCACAGAGCGGCUGUCCGCAGUCAGGGCGGGGUACCGGCAACUUGCUCCACCAAAAGUAGCUCUGAAAGUCAACUUCUGUGAUCCACAGGAAGUUGCAGCACUGUAUGAUGGUCUCGACAUGAUGGAGGAGCUGCAUAUCAACCAAGGAGGCAAGUUAGAUGCUGUUGCCAUGUGGUUUGACCUUGACCUUGACAAGAAUGUAACCAUAACGACGGCUCCACACAUUGCCAACUGCUGGGACCAGGCUGUGUUCCCCGUCCUUGCCUCCCACUUCAGACACGUACAGCAAGACGAAGAUGUGCGUGAAAACUUCGCAGUGAAAGAAGGCGACACAGUGAGUGUGAACUGUUCUUUGCAAAAUGACUGUUUCCGGGUGCUUUGUCGAAAAGUGACAAGAGCUCACAGCCCUUCCAGGUCCGAUGAUAAGAAACAUUUCCGUAAACGGGACGAUGAUAGUCGAGUGUAUUCUCUGUCCCAUUGUGAAAUCUCCCGGCUGAAUGACAUCACGCUGAACAGACAUUACCUGCAAGCCCUGGAAGCCACGAGACAGAAAAUACCUCGGUCAACGUCGCUACUAGAUCUUUCCGAUGGGCUGUCUCCCCUUGGACUGCAGGCGGCUCUGAUUGGCUACAGUGACAUAACAAUGACAACUGCGUCGGAGGAGACAAGGGAAAUAUUGUGUCAUAUUGCAGACAUUAAUAGCAUAACAAGGGAGAGGCUUUGUUUUAUUCAAGCGAAGGAGAUACUCGACAUGGAUAUGGAGUUUGAUACAAUUGUUGUUGAACUGUUGGAGUCCAGUGGAGUCUUCAGACAGCAGAUACUUGAGGACUUGGCGCUUACACGACUGACUUCCAUGACUGGCGGGGGCGUUGUGUUGCCAGGGAAACUGACGGUGAUGGGAAUGUGUGUCGAGUCCGAGGACUUGGCGAAGUCCAGUUUUGUAGUGACCAGUGAAUACACUUUGGGCUAUCAGAUAGCGGACUUUAUCCGAGACUUCCAGGCAACAACUCAUCCAGACAUCGACCUUCACACCCUCACAUACAAGAAACUGUGCGAGCCGUUUGAACUGUUUCAACUGGACUUCAAUGAAGACAGAUCUGAUUCCGAUCUCCCAUCAUUCCUUCAACAGGAAAAGGAAGUGAGUGUGUUUGUGACAGACACUGGGUGCGUCCAUGCAGUGGUGUACUGGUUUGAGGUGCAGGUGAUGGACGACAUCCGAUUCAGCACAUUGGAUCCAAGUCUUCACUGGAGACAAGCAGCCAAGAUGAUGGGCGGACAGGUGGUUGUGUCGGCUGGCCAGACACAGACAUUCAAACUGCUGCUGAAAAACAGCUGUAUUGAUGUUAAGCCAGCUAACUGAGACAGCUGUAUUGAUGUUAAACCAGUUUCAUGAGACACAGCAGCUACAAAGGGACUGUUAUGACAUGAGACAGCUGUAUUGAUGUUAAACCAGUUUCAUGAGACGGCUGUAUUGAUGUUAAGCCAGCUAACUGAGACAGCUGUAUUGAUGUUAAACCACAGUAGCUACAAAGGGACUGUUAUGACAUGAGGAACCCUGCUAGAGGUUUCAGGUCUAGUUAUAGAAUGUUUGGUCAGAUUUAGUGGACUGAAAAAUUGUUAAUUUCAUACAGUGUUGGCACAGUGUAUGAAGGAUUCUGGUGAUAAAGGCUAUAGUGAAACUCAAGAAAAACAUGUUAGAGAUUCAGAUGAAAGGUCUGUUGUGAACCAGGAACACACAUUUUAUUUUUGACCCCAGCACUAGUCACAAAUCCACAACUUCCACUUGAUCAACUUCCUGUAAGAAGUGACGUUAUGGUUCAGGAAGACUUGAAUCACGGUAAUUGAAUAUUCAUUCAUGACUACAUCAUUACGUGUACGUCGAGAUGCAUCAGGUAGUGAGAUAUUCAUUCAUGACUACAUCAUUACGUGUAUGUCGAGAUGCAUCAGGUAGUGAGAUAUUCAUUCAUGACUACAUCAUUAUGUGUACGUCGAGAUGCAUCACGUAGUGAGAUAUUUAUGCAUGACCACAUCAUUAUGUGUACGUCGAGAUGCAUCACAUAGUGAGAUAUUCAUUCAUGACCACAUCAUUACGUGUACGUCGAGAUGCAUCACGUAGUGAGAUAUUCAUGCAUGACCACAUAAUUACGUGUACGUCGAGAUGCAUCACGUAGUGAGAUAUUCAUGCAUGACCACAUUACGUGUACGUCGAGAUGCAUCACGUAGUGAGAUAUUCAUGCAUGACCACAUCAUUACAUGUAUGUCGAGAUGCAUCACGUAGUGAGAUAUUCAGGCAUGACCACAUCAUAACAUUGUACCCAUGAAGAUCCGGGUUAGAAUAGGUCUUCAGCAACCCAUGCUUGUAGUAAGGGGCGACUAACAUGAUCAGGUGUUCAGGAUUGCUGACUUGGUUGAUCCAUGUAAUCAUAUCCCAAUUGUGUAGAUCAAUGCUCAUGAUGUCAAUCACUUGAUUGUUUGGUCCAGACUCCAUUAUUUACAGACCGCGGUCAUAUAGCAGGAAUAUUGCCGAGUGUGGCGUUUCACAAUAACCAAACAAAUCAUUAUGUUGAGAUGCAUCACAAGUUGACAGAUACGACACACCAAUCAACAAUAAAUAAAUAGUAUUAUUUAACAAUACAUCACCUAUGGGUGGUGUAGGAUCUUCAAAACAACCAAAUGUUUACAUAUUUGUUUAUUCAUAUAUGUGUAUAUUAUUACAUAUUUACAGUUUCUUGUAAAAAGGUGUGGAAACAAUAGCACAUCUUCAGUGAUGGGAGACAUUCCGUAUUUACAAGAUUAUAUCACGUUGGGAAACCGUAAUAAGUGUGUGAAACCUAUGUUCUGUUCAUGUUUAUUCUAGGAUUAAACUUGUUACAGUUGUUCAA